AUGCCCGACCCCCACUCGCUCCCAAGCAGCCUCGGCAAUAUCCGGCACCAGGCCAAACUCAUGCGGGCAAACUUGGCCGAGGGCCACCUCAUGCAAGCCAUCAAAAACUGCGUGGAUUUCCUCAAUGAAUUGCGGUCGCUGGCGUUCUCGCCCAAAGAGUACUACGAGUUGUACAUGGCUGUUUACGACGCGUUGGACACGUUCUCCAGGUAUCUUCUCCAGCUGCACAGGCUGAAGCAGGCGAAAAACAAGGACGUGCCGUUUUUGACUGACCUCUACGAGUUGGUGCAGUACACCGGCAACAUCGUGCCGCGGCUCUACCUCAUGAUCGCCAUUGGCACGACGUGCAUGGCCGUGGAAAACGCCGCCACCAAGGACAUCAUGAAGGACAUGAUCGAGAUGUGCCGCGGUGUCCAGCACCCGAUCCGCGGCUUGUUUUUGCGCCACUACUUGUGCCAGCGCACAAAGGACUUGUUUCCCUUGGCCAGCAUGCCGGAUUUCAGCGACACCGUGGACUUCCUCGUGACCAACUUCGUUGAGAUGAACAAGCUCUGGGUGCGCUUGCAGCACCAGGGCCACCUGAGCGAGCGGGACUUGCGCUACCGUGAAAGAGAGGAGCUCAAGAUCCUCGUGGGCCUGAACUUGGUGCGGCUUUCGCAGGUGCUCGACGACUUCUCGGCACCCGACUACUCGGCCGCGGCCUACUACCAAAGCAAGCUCUUUCCGAUUGUCACGGAGCAGAUCAUCCAGUGCAAAGACCACUUGGCGCAGAGCUACUUGAUCGACGUGGUGAUCCAGAUCUUCCCGGACGAGUACCACUUUGCCACGCUUGACUCGUUGCUCAACGAGGUCUUCUUGAAACUCCACCCGAUGCUCAAGAAAUCCGACUUUGUGGCGUCCUUGGUCGGCCGCUUCGUCACCUUCCGCGAGUCCAAGGACGACUUGGCCAGCAACACAGACCAACUUGCGCUUGAGGACGCGAAAACGCUCAGCCUGUUCUCCGUGGACGGUAUCUUCGCGGCCUUCUGGGACUUUUACGCCAACUUGCGCGCCCAAGACCCGCCGUUGCCACGCGAAGAGCUUGUUCCCAUUCUCCAACUGCUCGUCAAGUUGUUGCUUGCCUUUGACGGGUCCAACGUGCUGAACUUGGACAAAAUCUACCUGUUUGCCGCUCAGGAUCUCAAGACCCUGGGCGCGCUGGGCGGAUCCGAGGAAGACAUCCAGAACGCUUGGAAAGAACUCUUGAUGACUCCUGUCGAGCACUUUGCAUCGGUCAAGAGUUUGCUUGAGCUCCCAUUCUUCUACGAGUUAUUCUCCAAAAUUACAAACCCGCUCUUGCAGAGACAGUUGUCGUGCGAAAUUGCACUGAAGCUCUUGGGUUCAGUGCAAGAUCCAUGGCACCUUCUCACCACGCCCGAGGACAUUGAUAAUGUGUUCAAGUACUUGCAAGUUCUUGUCGAGGCUUCUGGCACCCAGUUGACCACCUCAAAAGCCUUGGGCAUCGAAAAAACCAUCAAGAUCGAUGGUGGAGACAAGCUCAUAACACUGGAGUUUUUGCAUGUCCAAGAAACUGUGUGUAAGGUUCUCCACUCCAUCGGACACAGAGAAGAGUUCAAGUGCCUCUCCAGCCUAUUCUACGUGAAGAAAAAGUACCUCAGCAAGUCUCCAGAGAACAUUGUUCACACGUACCCCACGCUCAUCACGAUAAUGACCAAUGUCUUGAGAAUCACUGGAUAUCGCCACUUGGCACGUAAAAGCAAGAAUCGGGCCGACCAGCUGGAGUUGUUGAUCAGCAGCAAUUUCAAAAACAUUUCCAUCAUUAUAGAUGAACUAUACCAACAUCACCAGCAGUUCAGCGCAGAACUUGUUUUGAAACUAUACUUGAAUUUGGCAAGUGUCGCUGACCAGCUACGCCAGGAGAACAUCGCCUACGAGUUGUUUAAUCAAUGCUUUGUCGUCUAUGAGGAGAAUCUUGUGCUUGCAUCAUCCCAGGGGCAAGCAAUAAAUCCACAUGACUCCAUGGGCGGUUCACUCUCCUAUCAGUCGGUGGUAAUGAUCGCCAAUCGUUUAGCAAGUCUGAGGUACUUUAGUAAGAAAAACUACGAGACGCUCAUAACGAAGAUCACGCUCUAUGGCUCCAAAUUGUUGAAGAAACAAGAUCAAUGCCGUUCCAUUUAUCAGUGUGCUCAUUUGUGGUGGUGGUGCGAUCUAUUGAUAGAUGGAAAAUCUCCCACGACAGAGCCGGACGCGGCUGCUGGUCCCAUACUUUAUCAAGAUGCAAAGCGUGUCCUUGAGUGCCUCCAAAAAUCGUUACGCGUGGCUGACUCGUGCAUGGACCCCUACUUGCUGCUAAAGCUUUUCGUGGAAAUUCUCAACCGGUCUUUGAUUUUCAACAUCUACGAUAACUACAUGGUGGAUUCGCGAUAUAUCAGCGGCUUGAUCGACUUGAUCCGCACAAAUUUUGCCAAUUUUGAGCAGAGUCAUUUGUCUGGGGUCGACGAUGACCAGGAGGCAAAACUCUUGAGACGCAUCAAGGAUUUAUUCGACCGAACUCUCGAGUACUUAAGAGGCCAACAGGAUUCGGCGGACCGUCUUCGGGGUAUCGUCGUGUGA